ACCAAGAGAUUUUCAUUACGGGCACGAUUUGCGAUUCGGGUGGCGGCUGAAUGUUGUCGCAAGGGGACACCGUAUCGUUGAAUAGUGCUUCUUCAAUCUGGUACUUCGCGUUCUUUACCUGAUCAACUAAUGGAGCGUCUAAAUUCGCUUGGAGCAAGCAUAUAAACUACCCUACCUGAUGUCUCUCGAAGGCAUAAACGACUUCCCACCGCCCCCCCUCAUGGCUGUCAACGCUCUCGGGUACGACGUAACUAAGGAUCUCCGCACAGCGGAUGAGGAUCGUGUUUCCUCUGGGAGUUCUAUCACCUCAAGCUAUGAUGACGUCGAAGAAAAGGGUGUUGACGUGGUCAAUGGACCACCUCCCAAUCUCCCAGCCUUCUUGACCCCAGCGUAUAAUGCCCUGAAGGCGAUGCAAAGGUUCCUUGGCUUCCACAAGGCGUACAAUAUCCCUCUCUGGAUCAUCUUUGGCGGUGCCAUGACGGCUUUCUGCAUUUCAAGGAUGCCUUACUACAACAAGACAUUCAUGCUCGAUCAUAUUGGCUUACAAAACUGGUAUUGGUUCCAUCAACAACCAUACCGCUUUGGGCUCUAUUUUCAUCUUGCUACUGCACUACCGGGUGGUGUUCUAGUACCGUUGCAGUUCGUCCCAGCCAUCCGCUACAAGAACAUCAUGAUUCAUCGAAUCAUCGGUUAUUACUGCAUUUUCAUGAUCGUUCUCGCCUGCGCUGGGGGGUUCACGCUUGCCCGACGUGUUCUCAGCGGAGAUCCGGCUGGUGAUAUGCAUACCAUUAUACUCGGAGCGACUCCUCUGUUUGAACUUCUGAUGGCCUGGAUUAACAUCAAAAGACUUCAAAUCGACGAACACAGAAAAUGGAUGUUAAGGGCUUGGUGUACUAUGGGAGCUAUCGUUUCAACGCGAUUGAUAUUCCAAGUGGCACCCAAAUACAUCGAUAAAGUGGGGACCUACUCAAUUACGUACUCGUGUGAUAACGUCCUAUUUGAUGCUGGAGGAAACUCAACCCUACUCGGCGAACUCUUCCCAGCUUGCCUCACCGCGCCCGAUCUCAAAACAUUUUUCGUCGCUGUUCCUGCAAAUUCCAGAACGGGCGGUAUCCUCGGUUAUGUCGCUACGCUUCGAUUGUCCUAUACACUUUGCAACUGGCUCAAAUUAACCGAAAACCUCAUUGCGGCCGGUUUCAUUUCUGUUAGGGCGGAAGUGUAUAUUCACCUCACAGCCGCCGAAUCGGAGCGCCUCCGGAUCGUGUCUUACCACAAACAGCUUGAAAGAGGUUUCAAACAUCCUGGAAGUGCCGGCAUCACGGCCGAUCGUAUCGGAGAUGCUCAUUGGACACCGCCCGUUGUUGGAGCUCUCCCGAACCGGGUAUAGGAACCGGCCGUGCCGAUGCCAACCGCCAGCCAGAAUCGGUGAUUCUACUUUUGAGGCCCAAGAAUUGUAUUUUUUUUGAUUAAUCGUCUUGCUUUUGAAAAUGUUCCAGCUUGCGUCACUGUAGAAAUAUUGUACCCACUGAGAAAAAGUAAUUCCAUCAUUUAUCA